AUGAGCUGCGGAAGCUGCUCUACGCUGAAAGAGGCACACAAAGUAAAACGCAAGCAGCAGCAGCAGCAGCGGCAGCAGCAGCAGAGGCAGCAGCAGCAGCAGCAGCAGCAGCAGCGGCAGCAACAGCAGCAGCAGCAGCUGCAGCAGCUGCAGCAGCGGCAGCAGCAACAGAGGCAGCAGCAGCAGAGGCAGCAGCAGCAGCAGCGGCAGCAGCAGCAGCAGCGGCAGCAGCAGCAGCAGCACCUUCUUCUGCUGCUGCUUUGUGUCUGCAGGUUACUGGAGGGCCUCAACAAGAUGGACGAAAGAAUGUUAGGAAGAGGCGACAGCUGGAGGGCCGACGGGGCCUUUUUUUACUCGGGCGCGGUGCUGCACGCUGUGCUGGAGUCCGACGAUGAAGAGGCGGACUACAGAGAAAAGAUCAUGGCGGUGAAAGAGGGCGCCCUUGUUUUCUUCCUGGACCCAAAGGCAAGGGACGAGGAGCCCACGACGGUGCUGCGGCCCCACAAAACCCUUUCUGUUUCUUUUUCUCCAAACGCUUUUUUAAUUUCCAUUUCUUAUCUCCCUUUCCCUUCUCGCCACGAAGUCCACCUCGUCAAACUCAUUUCCGAAGACGAACUCAACAGGUAG